AGAAAGUCACACUUUUUGAGCUCCUGUUAUUUUUAUAAUUUUAUCAAGAUUGGCGUACCUCUGGAACCUGGAAAUUUGUCAAUGACUUUAUGAAUAUGUAGUGCUCACGGUGGAUAUAUACAUUUUGGAUGAAAACAGAAGAACGAGGAGUUUUCUGAACAUUUACCGUCUCAAAUAUUGGCAACACAUUUAGGAAUCAGGUGACAUUUUCCCUGUUAUAAUAGUAAAUAGGUCAAUUGUGCCAACGUGGUUACAAACUUUAGGAUUAGCGUAUACAAUUUUUGUCAAUGAAAGCGAUGGAAGAUUGGCAGUAAUAUUGUGCUAUCAUAAACAUGAAUGAGUCAGAUUCUGAUAGUAACCUAGCUAAUGCCCUUGCCUCGGGCAUCAACACGUACUACGACACAGAUCGUACCCGCCAUCCCUCUGAGCCACCGGAUGGGUCCUCCAAUGCCCAAAAUUACCUCAAUGCUUCAAAUGAUUCUGAAUCGUAUGACAGUAGUCAAGUCCCACCCGGUCAACAAUCAGUAACAGACAUGGACAACGCACUUGUCAACUUGCCAAAACAUCUAUAUACCGAGAAACUCCUGGAUCUCUGUUUUCAAACUGGCUGUAGCGUUCAAUUCUACAGGGACCAUUUAGAAUCUAAAGCCAGAGAAUUGCAUAAUUGCCCGCAUGGCGAAAUAAUCCAACGGGUGGGUGGAAGGAAACAGUCGAGGGAUGUCAAAUUAGCCAAUGAUUGCUACAUGCUAUACUCUUUUAUUAACGGUGAGCCACCGAGUGAAUUAGCGUUUAUGUUUAGACGAUCCAACAACUCACCCAGGAAUUCGAAUACCGAAGCGCCAAGACACAGCCAACGUAUUUUGAGUGACAGCCGCCAAACAGACAUAACUCGAGCAGAAUACAAUGCAAAGCUCACGAUGAUACAGGAAUCCAUACAUAAAAUGGAAGCUAACAUUGCUGCAUGUACCAAUAAGGUAAACUCCUUUGAUAAAUUAAUCCAAACAUUAACAAAGCGACUUGAAACUGAUGAGCAUCAAACGAAGUACCUAGAAAAAUCUCAAAAGAUAACUCAUGACACAUUAGCAUCUGGGACCAAAGAAAUCGACUUCAAAAUAGUGAACAUGACAAACGACCUUAAUGCACUUAAAAACACCGUAAGUCUUCUUGCUGUAUCAAAAACAAAGGAUGCUUUUUCAAUUUCGUCAUCGAGUCAACAACAGCAACCUGGUGCAAUCAAGUCAAUUUGGGGACCAACCUCGUCAGUACCCAACGAAAACAAGACAAAUUCUA